AUGGUUACAAAGCUCUGUAUACUUUCCACUUUGUUUAUAAGUGUUUUGGGUGGAACUCACGACUUUGAGUUUGAUUGCGUUCUAAAUAGCCCGGACUUUGUUUGUCCUAUCCCAGUGUGUUCUAAUAUUACGGAUAUUUCUGAGUUCACUGAUUGCUAUGUUAAUGAAUCAUUGUACACCUAUGAGUUUAUUAGAACAUCCGAUAACUACAUAGGAGAUACUAAGGAUGAGCUAUGUGGUAAUACUGAUCCUAUUAGAGUAAGCGAUCUGUUCACUAUGGAUCCUAAGAUUCCUACUGUGUGGCAUCUUCAUGUUGUGAAUCUUACAUCUCAUGAGCCUCACGAUAAAUCGGCUGUAAACGAUUGUAUGAAUACAGUGAAGUUCAUGAGCUAUACGUUGGUUGAAGAUGCGGAUGAAGCACAAUUCAAGGCCACUGUGUGCAAUGACAAGGAAGCACAUGAUGACAAAGAAGCACAGGAUGACAAAGAAGGAACACCGGAUCACAUCCUGGCUAAGGGGGUUGACAUGAAGGCUUACUACGACGAUGUUUGCACCACCGAGACUACUUAUACGUUUAUCUUCCUAGGCAUACACCCUGGUGAUUACAUAACUAUCCAAGGUGAUCCCACGUUAUGCAAGGAUAUCACCUUCUCGGAGCUCCUGAUGGUGUAUAGUGGUUUCGCCUACGUAGGUGGUUGGUAG